GUUCAUAUAAGCUUGAAUUGGACUCAUCUCAUUUCGGAGUGGGAUCUUACCGGUUUACCCGUCGGCCCAAAGCUAUGCACUAGCUUACUCUCAUACACCAAAUUAGGGUUCCCGCCACUCUGAUUAAACCCCAUCUCGCCAUAUCUCUCCUUAUACUGGUUGACCGUCCGGUCAGGCAGACUCUCAGGACGCCUCAUCUCCCCAGCACUUUUCCGCCUCUCCUCUACGCUCUUCCUCACAUACUCCAGAUACGGCGGAUUCCCAGGGUAAAUCACGUUAUCCGCAGCGCGGACCGAGCCCGGCGUGAUCAGUCCUAGCGCCUCACAGAGUUUCAGAUCUGUCGCGUACGCCGGCUUGUAGUGGUCGAGGAACAUGAGGUCGAUGUGCUUUAGGAUCCCUUCGUGGUAGAGGCCAGCAAUUGACGCGUCGCUUUUCCCAACGACCACCUUGACGACGUCUGACAGACCGGCAAGGUCGACCAGCGACAUGAUCACUGCCGCGAAUUCGGGUUUCAUUUCUAGGCUGUAAUAUCGUUGUCCACCUGCUUUGCGGACUGCGUCGCCGAAGAGGAUACACGAGUAUCCGACGUAGCCUCCGAGCUCGACCUGAGCGACUAGAAAGCUGCUGCAAUAUAUAUGGAUAGGGAGUAGUUUUACCAUGAUUUGCGGCUUAACAUCCGCUAUUAAGUUGCAGACAAUCCUCCCUUUAUCUUCGCCUACAUUCAUGAGAUACUUCUUCGUCCGACCAUACUCGUCAAUUGCCUUGAGGACGUUGGCUGGUGAGCCUCGGAUGAUAUCCAGAUUUGGGUACGAGAACACAAAGUGCAGGAGCUCAAUUUCGCGACCGUCGUCGAAGAAAGCUGUUCCUUCUUCUUCCUUUGGCGAGUAAGCCUUUGAGGCGUCGAAUUUCGCUUUGGUCAUUGUAUCAAUCCCUGCGCUUCUGGUGAAGGGCGGACAGGCCGUACUGGGGCUCGCGAUGCGACGCACUAUUGGCGAUAGCUACCCCGUUGCUUCAUGGCUCGCCAUGAUCCCUGUAUGACGAGACAUAUUCAGGACCCGCAAGAUUAUCACGGUGUCGGACAGAAGUAGAGAUCCCGAACUCAAUCGAGAGACCUAAAAAGCCCGACAUCCAGCUUCGUCAGGGCCGGAACGUGCUGGAUGCACUGAUUUAGGGUUCGCGUGGGUGGUCGAUUGGCCGAGAAUGCUGGAUGCAACGGGAGUCGUUGACGUCUCCCGCUUCUGCACGAUCGAUCCCCUGGAUCCACCCGAUCUGUUAUGAGCUGGCAUGAACUCACUCGAUUAGGAAAUCCGUUUUGGGCGUGCUACGCUCAAUGACCUUGUGUACUUAUCUCACGAUCGUGGCUCUGUCCGUCCAGCAUCACUCCCACUCUUCCACUCCUCUCUUCCAACCAUGUCAGAUCUCAAAGCCUCGGUUUCCGAGACAGCUAGCUUCCACGUCGAAGGGUACGAGAAGAUCGAGUACGAUUUUACCUUCCUCGAUGGCGUCUUUGAGCCGCAGAACGUGCAGCUGGCGAAGCUCUACGAGCGCUGGGGACGAUGCGUGGCAAUUAUGGACAAGAAUAUCUAUGACCUCUACGGCGCCCAGAUGCAGCGAUACUUUGCGUUGCACAAUCUGUCGUUGCAGGUCCAUCAGACGAUGAUUGGGGAAAAGGCCAAGUCGCUCGAGACGUUUACGAGUAUCGUUGAUUUGAUGACCGAGUUUGGGAUUUUCCGCAAGGAGCCGGUUCUUGUUGUGCGUGGAGGACCCGUCACCGAUGUUGCAGGCUUCGCCUGCGCCGCCUACCGCCGAAACACAAACUACAUCCGCAUCCCCACAACGGUCAUCGGCCUCUUCGACGCAAGCGUCAGCAUCAAAGUCGCCAUCAACUACGGCAACUACAAGAACCGCCUGGGCGCCUACCACGCGCCCAGAUGCACACCCUGGUGCUGCGCACGCUCCCCGAAGCACAGGUGCUCAAUUCGAUUCGCGGAACUCAUCAAGAUCUCGAGCUGCGCGCACCUGCCGACGUUCGAUCUGCUGGAUGAGUUCUGUGAGCGGCUGAUAGAGUCCAGGUUUGGACGACUGGGUGAUCAACACGGGGAGGUGAGACGGGCGGCGGAUGAGAUUAACCGCGCGGGAAUCGUUGAGAUGCUCAAGCUCGAGGCGCCGAAUUUGCAUGAGAUUGGGCUGGAUCGUGUGAUUGCGUAUGGGCAUACCUGGUCGCCUUUACACGAGCUCGCCCCCUCCGUCCCCCUCCGCCACGGCCACGCCAUCUCAAUCGACAUGGCCUACUCUGCAACACUAGCCCUAACCCGCGGCCUGCUCAGCACACCCGAACACAAUCGCCUACUCACCCUCUUCUCACGCGCCAGCCUCUCAAUGGACCACGAGCUCUUCGACGAAGAAACGCUCGAAAAGGCCACAAAGGCAAUCCUCGAAACCCGCGACGGCCUCCUCCGCGCCGCGGCGCCGAGUCCCCUGGGAAGCUGCAAAUUCCUCAACGACGUCUCCUACAAGGAGCUGUUCGGGGCGCUGCGGCUCCAUAAGGAAUUGGUCAAGGCGUAUCCGAGACAGGGGGCGGGCAUUGAGGCGUAUGUUAAUGCGAGUGAUACGGGGUAGACGAUUAAUAAUCGGCCGGAUGAUCCGCAGAUGCAUGUGCAGGCGCAGAAGAUGGCGAAUGCCAAUGGGAAUGGGGAGGCGAAUGGGAGUGCGGAUGAGGGGAGGAAGGUGUUGAGCGAGUGUGUUAUGAAUGGCGUGCGUAGGGAGCUUGCGGUUAAUGGGUAUUAGAUAUUCGGCAGGAUGUAUAAAUACAAGAGAUAGAUGGGGGCUGUAGUAGUGGCGUUUGGUUGAGAUAUAUUCUGAAUUGCACUUGAGCGUCUCGUCGAGGUUUAAUGAACAUAAGCUAGAGAGAUAUCAGUUCCACGAAAUUCGUCAGUUGUGGGUUUCUGGUCACGGU